GGGAGAGACGGCUAGUCAUUCCUCGUUGUAAAAACCAGUGCUGCAUGCGCUGAUCUCCCGGCUAUUGUCUCAGCAGCUGAAGGCUCAAGUCGUCAGGCAGUCAGUCAGGAAGCAUCUCACAAUGAAACGAAUCUGGGUGAUAGGGCUUCUUUUCGCACUCUUAGCAUGUGCUGCCGUAAAGGCAGAUGAUGAACUUGACGUUGACGGGACAGUCGAGGAGGACUUGGGUAAAAGCAGGGAUGGCUCCAGAACAGACGAUGAAGUGGUGCAGAGAGAGGAGGAGGCAAUCCAGCUGGAUGGUUUGAAUGCAGCUCAGAUUAAGGAACUCAGGGAAAAGUCUGAAAAACAUGCCUUUCAGGCUGAAGUUAACCGUAUGAUGAAGCUGAUCAUCAACUCUCUCUACAAGAACAAGGAGAUCUUCCUUAGGGAGCUGAUUUCCAAUGCCUCGGAUGCUCUGGAUAAGAUCCGCUUGUUGUCCCUGACCAAUGAGGAUGCAAUGGCCGCAAAUGAAGAGCUGACCAUCAAAAUAAAGUCUGAUAAGGAGAAGAACAUGCUGCACAUCACUGACACUGGUAUUGGAAUGACCAAGGAGGAGCUAGUAAAGAACUUGGGAACCAUUGCCAAGUCAGGCACCAGCGAAUUCCUUAACAAGAUGACAGAGAUGCAGGAAGAGGGACAGUCUACCUCAGAGCUGAUCGGACAGUUUGGUGUCGGUUUCUACUCCGCCUUCCUUGUUGCUGACAAGGUCAUUGUGACAUCCAAGCACAACAAUGACACACAGCACAUCUGGGAGUCUGACUCAAAUCAGUUCUCUGUCAUUGAGGACCCCCGUGGGGACACACUGGGAAGAGGAACCACCAUCACACUUGUCCUAAAGGAGGAGGCGUCAGACUACCUGGAGCUGGAGACCAUCAAGAAUCUUGUCAAGAAAUACUCCCAGUUCAUCAACUUCCCCAUCUAUGUGUGGGCCAGCAAGACUGAGACGGUUGAAGAGCCCAUUGAGGAAGAUGCUGAGGCAGCAGAGGAACCAGAGAAAGAGGCUUCUGAAGAUGAGGCUGAAGUAGAGGAAGAAGAAGGAGAGGACAAAGACAAACCAAAGACAAAGAAGGUUGAGAAGACUGUGUGGGACUGGGAACUGAUGAAUGAUAUCAAGCCCAUCUGGCAGAGGCCGGCUAAGGAGGUUGAGGAAGAUGAGUACAAGGCUUUCUACAAGACCUUCUCAAAGGACAAUGAUGACCCUAUGGCUCACAUCCACUUCACAGCUGAGGGUGAGGUCACCUUUAAGUCCAUCCUGUUUGUGCCCACUUCAGCUCCCCGUGGGCUGUUUGACGAGUAUGGCUCCAAGAAGAACGAUUACAUCAAGCUGUUUGUCAGGAGAGUUUUCAUCACAGACGACUUCAAUGACAUGAUGCCCAAGUACCUGAACUUCAUCAAGGGAGUGGUUGACUCUGACGACCUUCCUCUGAAUGUGUCCAGAGAAACUCUGCAGCAGCACAAACUGCUCAAGGUUAUCCGCAAGAAGCUGGUCCGUAAGACUCUGGACAUGAUUAAGAAGAUUGCAGAGGAACAGUACAACGACAAGUUCUGGAAGGAGUUUGGCACCAACAUCAAGCUGGGUGUGAUUGAGGAUCACUCCAACAGGACCCGUCUUGCUAAGCUGCUGCGCUUCCAAACCUCCAACAGUGAAACAGACCUGUCCAGCCUGGAGCAGUAUGUGGAGCGCAUGAAGGAGAAGCAGGAUAAGAUCUAUUUCAUGGCUGGCACCAGCAGGAAAGAGGCUGAGUCCUCUCCCUUCGUUGAGAGGCUGCUGAAGAAGGGCUAUGAGGUCAUCUACCUGACAGAGCCUGUGGAUGAGUACUGCAUCCAGGCAUUGCCAGAGUUUGAUGGAAAACGCUUCCAGAACGUGGCCAAGGAAGGUGUCAAAUUUGACGAGAGUGAAAAGGCCAAGGAGAAGAGGGAGGCCCUGGAGAAGGAGUUCGAACCUCUCACAACUUGGCUGAAGGACAAAGCUCUAAAGGAUAAGAUUGAGAAGGCUGUUCUCUCUCAGAGGCUAACCAACUCACCCUGCGCCUUGGUUGCCAGUCAGUAUGGCUGGUCAGGAAACAUGGAGAGGAUCAUGAAGGCACAGGCCUACCAGACAGGAAAGGACAUUUCCACAAAUUACUAUGCCAGCCAGAAGAAAACACUAGAACUCAACCCCAAACAUCCUCUUGUCAAGCAGUUGCUUAACAGAGUCAAUGCCGAUGCUGAGGACCAGACUGCAUCAGAUCUGGCUGUGGUUCUGUUUGAGACAGCCACACUGCGCUCAGGAUACCAGCUCGUUGAUACAAAAGCUUAUGGAGACAGAAUAGAGCGCAUGCUCCGACUCAGCUUGAAUGUACCACUAGAUGAACAGAUUGAAGAAGAACCAGAGGAGGAGCCUGAGGAACCAGCAGAAGAUGACUCUGAAGAUAAAGAGGAGACUGUGGAUGAGGAUGAUGAUGAAGAAACGACAAAAGACAAGGAUGAACUGUGAAGCACUGAAGGGAAGAGCGUGUAACAGUGGAGCUGGAAAAUGGACUUAAGUCUCUGUUUCAGUGCCACCGUGGCCACAUUAUUUCUGGGUGGGGUCCCUGGGUUGGGGUUUUUUAAAGCGAAUAUUUGUUUUUGUUUCUUUUGUAUUACAUUCCUCAUGACUGUAAAUUUGUUAAUAUUUAACUGACCUGUUUAUGGAAAGAUGUGAUCCUGUCUAUUGAUCAAAUAAAUGUUUCGUGGAAAAAAUG